CGCAUUCAUCCGCUCCUUGGAGAGAGCUACGCGACGCUCCCAUCACUCCUCGAGGACCGAGGUUGGAAUUCCGCACACCCUCAAGAUUUCCACACUCCGAAUUACCCCUGCCGCUUCUGACUUGGAACCCAUCUUCCAUAUCUCCCAAACCGACCGCCAACAUGUCCGACUCUGAAGAGCCCAUCGAUAUUGCCGACGAGGGAGGUGACGAUCUUUUUGGAGAUGACGGCGACGACGCGCUUUCAGACAUUGAGAAGGCUGUGAGCGACCGGGAGAUUGUGUCGGAUCGGGAAGAUGACGAAGGAGACGGGCGCCGUCAGGAUGAGGAUGAGGAGCCUCGCGAGUUUCGUGAGAAGCUGGUUUCCGAGGUUCCUUUGUAUCGGCACCGCACGCCGCGCUCCAAGGACGGUGGUCUACACACCCUCCGAGUUCCCGAUUUCAUCAAGUUCAACCCAAUGGAAUACAAGGCCGACGAGUGGCGACCGAGCGAAUGGGACCUCGACAACGCCAGCUCCGAGAACCCGAUCCCCUCCAUAAUGUGCCGCCGCGAUCCCAAGACUGGCCGCAUCCAGAGCAACGCCAACAUGUAUCGCUGGAGCGACGGCUCCGUCACGCUCGCCAUCGGCGACGAGCACUACGAGAUCCAGAGCAAACGACUCGCCCCGCCCCCGAACAAACCCUACCGCGAUGUGCAGGACGCGCACUACUAUGCGGCGGCCGCCCAUUUGACGACUAAUUCUCUGCUCAUCGUCGGCCACCUCACAGAGCAGUACACAGUCCGUCCGAACAAGGAGCUGCAGGACCACGCGCUGGAGCGGUUGAUGGCGGAACUGGCGGGCGCCAAGAAGGACCGCGGCUCCGAGAUGAUCAUCGUUACUAAUGAGGACCCGGAGCUUCUGAAGAAGCAGGCCGAGAUGGCCGAGAAGGAGCGUAACAAGCUGCAGCGCCGCCGCGAGACGGCCGCCGCCCGCUCCGACGGUACUGGGGCCAGGUAUAAGGGUGGCGGUGCGCUGUCUGUUGGCGACCUCGAGGGCCGGCGCGGCGCGCCCGGUGCCGGGAGGAAGCGCGGUGCGCCGGGGGGCGCCAAGCAGAAGCGUCGUCGGCCUGAGUACGACUCGGACGAUGACCUCCCGAGCGGCUCGCGCCGAACGGAUAACUAUGAUAUGGAAGAUGGGUUCUUGGUGGACAGUGAGGAAGAGAGUGAGGCGGUCGAGGAGGAUGAAGAAGAAGAGGAGCUGCUGGAUGAUGAGGAGGAAGAGGACGAAAGGCCGCGGGCGAAGCGCCAGAGGACCACCGAGCCGGAUGAGGAUGCCGAGGGCGAUGAGGACGGUCCGAGUCAUGCCGACGCUUCGAGGAGUCGCAGACGGCGCGUCAUCCAGGAUGAUGACGAGGAGGAGUAGAUCGGGGUAAAACAUGGAGGAGUUGUAUCAUAAUUCUGGGUUAGCGCAUGGUCACUGGCACGAUUUAGGCGUCUUGAGGUCUCAAAAUGGUAUCUGAUUGAGGAGUUUAAUACAAUAUGU